UGAUUCUCCAACGGCCACUGCCGUUGUUCCUCCUGAAGAGCAUAUGGCGGGGGUGCCACAGGCGGGGAGUAUUUGAAAAUCUGAAGACUGAAGCUUCAAAAUCAACAGAUGAAGGGCUUAUGCCCAAAACAUUGACUCUCCUGCUCCUCGGACGCUGCCUGACCUGCUGUUUUUCCAGCGCCACAUUUUUUGACUGACUCUCCAGCGUCUGCAGUCCUCACUUUGAUGUCAAUGUCUGACAGUCACUCAAUCCAUCGGGACCACAACAAUUUUUGACUGUGAUUUCUGUGAGAGGGAUCAACGCUUUUUGGUUCCUGUUUGAAGACGUUUUCAGCAUCAGUGGGACUGGACAAGAGACCCCACUGUUGGAGCGCACUGUGUGUGGAGCCUGAAACAGUUAUACAGCCAGCGAAGGGGAUUUCACGGCAGGGAGGGGCUCUACACGUGUUUGUGUGCAGCUGAAGCUGUGGCCAUGGAGAAACCUGAGGAAUCCCGCCCUAUGGAGGAUCCGUGGAAGUGUGGGGACUGUGGGAAAGGCUUCCGUGUCCCAUCUGCCCUGGAGACUCAUCGGCGCAGUCACACUGGGGAGAGGCCAUUCCCCUGCACCGACUGCGGGAAGGCCUUCAGACAUUCCUCCCACCUGCUGGCCCACCAGCGGGGCCACACGGGGGAAAAACCCAUCAGCUGUCCCGAGUGCGGGAAGGCCUUCAUGUUUUUCUCUGCCCUGUUGGCCCAUCGGCGGAUCCACACAGGAGAGAGGCCGUUCAGCUGCCCUGAGUGUGGGAAGGCCUUCAGGUAUUCCUCCACCCUGCGGACCCACCGGCGUUUCCACGCGGGGGAAAGGCCCUUCAGCUGCCCUGAGUGUGGGAAGGCUUUUACCAACACCUCCACCCUGCUGAGGCACCAGCGGGUCCACACGGGGGAGAGGCCCUUCAGCUGCCCCAAAUGCGGGAAAGCCUUUACCCACGUCUCCUCCCUGCGGAGCCACCAGCGGAUCCACACCGGG